AUGUCGCCCGACGUGGACGAUUUGCGACCGCCGUUAUUACCUGUCACAGAGAAUGAUCACGGUCCUUGGGUGAUCACUGUCAGCACGAUAUUACUGAUCCUGACUAUUAUAGCGACCGUAAUCACCGUGAUAUCUCGGAUGCGGAGGACAAGAAACUUUGCUUGGAGUGAUCUGGUCCUAAUUCUUGGAUGUGUUCAUCCUAUUUCUCCCCAAACCGUCUGCAUCAAUGUGGCCAGCUCGAAUGGAAUCGGCAAGCGCGGUGAUGCCCUCUCCGAGUCAUCAUUCAAGUUGUAUAAGAAGACAUUCUAUUCCAGCCAGCUCCUGGCAGUCCUCGUUCUCGCAUGCUCCAAAGCCGGAUUAGCCCUCUUAAUCCUCUCGCUCAAACCGUUUCGAAAAACCUCAGUGGCAUGCAAGGUGGUCCUGGGACUAAUCUGUGCCUGGGCCUUGGCUGCAUUGUUUGCCCUCGGGCUACAAUGCGAUCAACCCAGCCCCUGGGAUUCUUCCAAUCGCGAUCGGUGCGUGAAUCAAUACACGAUGUAUGUGAUUCUGAGUGUCGCACACAUAAUACUCGAUCUCGCGGUGAUUGCGCUCCCGAUCGCAUUACUGUGGCAAGUACAAAUCAGCCAGCGAAAGAAAUACAAUAUUUCCGCCCUAUUUGCGACACGCGUUUGUGUUGUUGCGCUCACAAUCCCUGCUAUCAAGUCGUUGCAACCCUAUUUCCACGCGAAGCCCCUCGACCAACCUUGGCACGCGCUAAUGCCAGCCAUCUGGCUACAAUUGGUGCAAAGUGCCUCAAUUAUCUGCACAUGCAUCCCCACUCUGAAGCGAGUAUUCUCCGAUCUGCAAACUGGCAUGAUGGCGGGAGCAGUGUCGGAUUUCUUUGAGAUCUCCGUGUCAGGUGGACAUGGUACGGGGUCGGGUACAAUGGUUGAUGGUUCGUCCAAGUCAGGGAGUCGGGGUGCGCAACGAUCGAGGUCAAGGUCGAGAUCGGGAUCGGCAUUGAAUUCGCUCGGUGGGUUUCACCGGUCUUCUCGGCCCAAGGUGGAACGCAUGGAUAGUCAGAAGAAUUUGCGGGAGAAUGUUAUUCAUCAGUCUAUUGACUAUGAGGUUCGAUAUGAGCGAUCGGGAGUCCCGUGUGCUUCGACUACGAGCCAUGAUGUUGAUUCGCUUCAGGGUGAUUGGCCUUUGGCAGGUGGAAAUCAUCCGCCUGGGGGUGUCUGA